AUGUCUGACUUUUCUUUCCUACUUUUUCACUCACUCUUUCUUUAUCUCAACUUUUAUUACUCUCUCUGUGUUCUUACCAUUAUUUCCGUUUCUUCUUUCUCUAUUUUCUUUUUUCUUACCUCUUUCUUCUGUAUAUUGCUUUUUAUUACUCUCCCGCCACCUUACCAAUGUCUUUCCCACCCCUUUUUACUCACUUUCUUUCUUUUUAUUACUCUCCCACCCCUUUUCACCCUCACUUUUUAUCUUUCUUUUUAUUACUCUCCUACCCAUUUAUUAUUCUAUCUUUUCCGUCCCCUUUUUACUCACUCUUUAUCUCUUUUUUUUAUUACUCUUCUCCUUACCAUUCUAUAUUUCCCAUCCCUUUUCACUCACUAUUCUAUCUUUUUUAUUACUCUCCUAACCACUCACUAUUCUAUCUUUCCUACCCCCAUUUUUACUCACUUUCUAUCUCUUUCUUUUUAUUACUCUCUAUUUCUUCAUGCCAAUCUUUCUAUCUACUACUUUAUUUCUUUCUCCCAUUUUUAUAUUUCGGAACAAGAAAAGAAAACUCCCGACAUGUGUUCAUAA